UUCUACAAGCCUCGGAGGUGUACUACUAGAUAGCUGCUCGCCUCGGUCGUGUCGGUGUGACAGUUUACGAAGGUAAAACUAUUGGUCGUGUCUCCUGAAAGUAAAACUAUUGGUCGCCCGGAAUUUUACAUCUUCAAUGCAGGACCUCAUGUCUUCAUUCACUCAAAAAUCGCUUCUAUAUUCAUUGAACAACUUUUUUAUAAUACCAUUUAAUACAUUUAUUUGUCGGCCCGCCUCUCAUACUUUCUGCGAAAGUAUCGCGUUCAAUAACACGGGAAGUUCUUCUUCUCAAGAGAACAAGUACAAUUAUGUCCAAACCCACUACAACGCAUGGAACGAACAGCAGGACGAGUGCAGGUGCACUCACAGCGCCUGGUACAACUUCUACCCCAGAAGAAGUCGGUGAAGACCACUCAAACGAGAAUCGACCCUCUACCCCCCUGCGAAAAAGCCUGCUCAAAACUACGUCGCAGCGCAGCAGUCGCCCCCCGCCGGAGAACGCCUGGAUUCGGGUGACCCGGGAUAUCAUGGAUGAUAGCGACGACUCGAAAACAGAAAGGGUGCAGUUACCGAAGCUGUUACCACCGGACGAGGAAGAAGAUUUUAAUCGCGCCCCGGAAAUUUCCGACGGUGUUGAUGAGAAAAUAAACCAGGAGGACGUUUUGUUCCUGCGAACGGGAGAAGGAGAGAACACCGGAGUCGAGGUUCAGCGGGGAGAAGAUCAAGAACCUCCUGGUGGGGUUUUUUCUCAAGAAAAUCUUCCGGAACUACAUGAACGACCAAGUGCCAGCAUCGCGGACCAUGCAAAUAGGGCAAACGCAACAAGUGGACGGGAAAAGCUCGCAGUAGAGCUACCGGAGGCGCAAACUCUCGUUUCCGUGACCAGAAUUACAACAGAGCGUGACCUUCUUCAAUAUAACGCAGAGGAGAAGGUGUCAAGAAUAAAUGCCAGUGCAGCAGCCGCAGAGCCUCCUACUACUUCUACCACAGGAGCCACGACAACCGCAAGAACAGAAGUAGACUAUCGGUUAGAAAGAGCACACAGGUACGCGGAGCAGAAGCUGGACGCUUUUUUAGAGCAUCUGGAAUUCCACAACCACAAUUUUAUCAGAGACAUAGUCGUGUUCUCCGAGAAGCGAGCGCACCGAAGUCCGGAAAGGAUCGCGGACUGGGUUUUGACUCACUUGGAUUUUUUCCCGUCCGGUUCAUCUAACGGUGGAGGCAAUUAUGUUGAUUCCGGUGAAAGAAUGAAACGACAGGGCUUGGACCAGGAAAUAAAUCCUGCUCAACAUCAUCUUCCACAUAGACCUCAAAUCCAGCGCAACUUCCUCGCCCGAUUCCUCGCGGCACUGAUUCGCGUUUGGGACCUGGACAUUCCGUUUUUGCUGCUGUUUUCUCUCCUCUGCCUUCUCGUUCACUACUAUGCGAACGACGACCAAAAAAUGGACUAUUUCACCUUCUACCCGUGGGAAUUAACGAAUGUGAAAGAUUACAAGACCUACCUCCGCAUCUUCACCCAGAGUUUCGCGCAUGGCAACGCGGAGCACAUGCGACAAAAUCUGACGCAUUUGAUGCUGGUCGGGCCGACCGCGGAGCACCAAUUCGGCGCGUAUGGCUUGUUGAAACUGUUCUUCUGGAUUUCGGUCUCCUGCAGCGUUUACCACCUGACCAACGGACAUCCGGAUGCCGGGCAAUUAGGUUGCUCCGGGUUUGUGUUUGCGUUGAUCAUCCUGCACAGUUUGAUCUACCUGAAAGCGGGACGCAUACCAUUGACUUUCGUGAUUCAGUUCAUCGUUUGGUGUCCGCGGCCGGCGGAAUCCGGCCUGUACACGGGGUUUUACAUGAAAUAUGUGAACAGCUGGUUUUCCGCUUCGUCGGGAAAUGGUAACUCCUCUGCCGACAACAUUCCCUGGAGCAACGCGGAAGUACAAACCGCCCACGGGGCGCACUUCAUCGGGUGUGUCGUCGGCGCGUUACUCGGCUACCACUUCCACCACGAGAAGCUGCAUCACACGGUCAAGCACAUCGCGUUGACGUGGCAGUUGCGGGUAAAGGAGAAACAUUUGGGAGAUCGAAGUGGAGCACGAGGUGCAAGUGGGGGUAAUCGGAAGGACGAGAAAGACGAUGGAGGACAUCAGCGUGGUAAUAGCAAUCAAAAUCAGGGACAGCAAGAAUCGCUCCCCCGAGGAGGACCGUCGCAAGCCAGCAGGGUCCAUCUGGGUAAAACUACUUCGUCUGAGGUCCAUGGCUUUACUUUAUUGAAGAAAAACAGAUAGAGCUACUUACUUCGUUUAUGGUCCUUUGUACUCGCUCUCGCAUCCAUUGCAGAGGGUAAUUUUGUCCUCCUCCUUACCAGGCACUAUUGCGCACCGUAGAAGAUGAAAAAAGAGGCGACGUCGCCGCAUAGUGUAUUUUUUGUGUUGCGAGGUCAUGUUUGAAGUUCCAUUCUCGCAACUGCAAGAUGAAACCUGGUUCGUUUCCGUUACCACAGUGCACC